ACAUAGGAACAUACAUCUGAUAAGGUUUGCAAUUCACCGGGAAUCAAAACAUUCCGGAUAUUGAAUGCCAAAAAGGUCUGCCUAUAAAUGGAGGGUCUCUUCGAGGUGGGGCGAUAGUAAGCGGAGGAAACUGAUGCCUAAAAUGAUGCACCGCCUGACCCUUUUGGCCCUGGCCGCCCUGAUCGCAAGUUGUUGGGCUGCGAAUGGUGAGGUCAAUAUCUGCUCCAAUGUGGUCAGCAAUCUCUUUCUGCCACACGUGAGCAACUGCAGCAAGUACUAUCUGUGCAUGAGUGAGGUGGCUGUGCCCCGGGAAUGUCCGGCGGACUACUACUUCGAUGCCCGGGACCAGCAGUGUGUGCCCGUGAUGGAGGCCAGAUGCGUGCCUUCCUGCAAGGCCCGCGGUCUCGAGUCCUUCUGCUACGAUCGCACCUGCACCAAGUACGUGCUCUGCUUCGACGGCACUCCGGUGAUCCAACAGUGCUCCGAUGGACUGCAGUACAAUGCCCAGACCGAUCGCUGCGACUAUCCGCAGUAUGUGGACUGCGCGGACAAUCUGUGCAUCCGGCAGAACAACCCCGAUGACAUCGUCUACAUCGCCAGCAAGGCGAAGUGUGACAAGUACUUCGUGUGCAUGAAUGGUCUGCCCAUGGUCCAAAACUGCACCAGUGGUCUCCAGUACAAUCCAACCACCCAGAGUUGCGACUUCCCAUCCAGGGUCAACUGCACGGUGGAACCUACAGAGGAAUAUCCUGCCCUUCGCCCGAGCUCCUCCACGCACCGCCGACAUCAAGUGUCCCUCGGAGGGCGUCCACUUUGUAGCCCACCAGACGCGACAGGAUGUGUACUACUACUGCCUGAAUGGACGCGGAGUCACCCUGGAUUGCACUCCUGGCCUGGUGUUCGAUGCCAAGCGCGGGGAGUGCCGCGAACCACAAUUCGUGGGAGUUUAGCGAGUCUAGUCUUUUUGAAUAAAGAUCCACUGUUGCUCAAAUCAAAAUAUUAUGAUUUAUUGUUAUGCAAAAUAACAAGUCCCUUAGUGUUGGGGUGUUGGAAUGGCUUUCAAGGUAUUGUUCCUAGGAUGGAUCAUCAGUCAACAAAAAAAAGAACAUUUAAAUUGUAUUUAUCCAAUGUUUUUUAAAAAGCCAAAGAUCAC